AAAACGUUGCUGUUUUCAAUAAAAUUUUCAACCAAAGUAAUCCAAAAUAAUCUUUGCCAUCCUAGACUUCUGAGGGACUAUUUUGGGCUAAAAAGAAAGAAGAGAUAUCAUAUAAUCAAAAAUCGGUUGAAAACAGUUUGUAUAUAAUAUUUUUGGCAACGAAAUUUAAAAAAGUUUCGAGGUCAUUCGUUGAGGUACAACGUUAAUUGUCGAAAGCGUCAUUGAGUUUGACAGUUCAACGAUUUUGGCGUCUUGAAGGCACUGGUUAGGACGCUUAAAUUUCCUUCAUGACUACCUCUUCAGAAUGUCGGAUCGUGUUGGACUAAAACCGAAGGAUAAUGCCAGUGCGAAAAAGUUCUCGUCUCUUAACUUAAACCAAACGUACAAAGGAACAAAGGUUGAACCGAAAGCUAGUACAGGAGCUCCAAGACAUGGCCUUCAAAGUUUGGGAAAAGUGGCAUCGACUCGGCGAAUGCCACCGCCAGCAAAUUUACCCUCUUUGAAAAGCGAAAACUUAGGAAACGACCCCACUGUAGCGCUUGUCCCAAGCGGUGGCGGAGGAUGGGGAAGCGGGAAGGAAACGAAUGCAACAACUACAACAAACAAGAAUGCAACUCAAGGACAGGCUACUGUUGCUCAGCCGCAAGUACAGCAGCCAUCGAAGCCUACAGACACAUCACAGAAAACAACGACAGGACAACAGAUAAAUGCAGGGAAGGAAACUACUACAAACCAAACUUCGGCUUCUACAAAGACGUGGGCAAGCAACAGCUCAUCAAGCGUGGCUGGUGGUCAAGAGAGGACCUCCUAUCCCCAUCAGUCGCAGUAUUUCAAUCAGGAAUUCCCAACAUUAGGUGGUGGCAACUCCAAAGACAAGUUGCCACAGGAGGAAAGGGCUUCUCACCAUCCAUAUGGGCAACCUCCAAGAAAUAUGCACGAACCUCAUUGGAUGGACAAGGGUGGUUCAGGUCCUCCCCCAAAACCACCACUUGGCAUGUACAAUGGGCCCUCAUACCCAGGCCCAGCUCAACGACCAGGAUACAGACCACAGAUGCAUCAUAAAGAUGGUCAUCCAGUGAACAACCACCAUCAAGACUUUCCAUACAUGGGGCAGUCUCGACCUGCCAACUAUGCUAGUCAUCCUGCUGCUUCUCAGAGAGGGCAUCCAGGAUCACGAAUUACUGGUUCAGUGGCACCAAAACAUGCCAUUAAACUAGAGGACUCGCCAAGUGGCUAUGUUCGGCCAUCAAUUGUGAAGGAAGAAGAAAUUCGUGCUAUGGAUGCUGAGGAUGUGGAUGAUGGUGGUUGGGCUGGUGCUCAAGAAGAGAUUGACUAUUCUGUAAAAUUAAACUUUGAUGAUGAUGAACCACCAUCUCCAGUUGGAAAUGAUAGUGUUUCCUAUAGGCAAAACAAGCCAACUGGUCCCCCCAGGAGAGAAAAGCAGCAAGGAGAGAGGGUUAUGAAUGGAGAUCUUGGCAGAACACAAGUUGAUGGUAAACGACUAGCGGAACCAAGACAUGCGUGGGCAGCAGCUCCUACUGACAAUCUCCAACAACAAAGGAGUGAUCAAGCCAAACAAGAACUAUAUAAUGUACAGAGGUCGUGGCCACCUCAUCAAUAUCCACCGCUACAACAGAGAAAUGCGUAUGGAAUGGGACCACCACCCGGCCCUCCUAAUACUGCUGUUGGAAGGCCGCAAUUAUUCGAUGAAAAUCGAACUGGCCCAAGCAGUGGCAAACAACAAACAGUUGAGCGAAAUAUUUCGAUCGAACAGGCAAGGCAACGUAAACAGAACGAGGAAGAUGAGAGGAAACGACAUCAAGAAGCUGCUUCGCGUGAAAAAUUAAGGCUUUUGGAUGCAAGAACUCGUCCAGUUAACAUAUCAGCACACGAGUCGUCUGUUCGAGAUCAAGCCGGUCCUCGUUCUCCAGUAUCUCCUGCUGGAAGUGAUACACCGGUUCGGAGAAUCAUGCGACGAAAAGAUAGUGGAAGCAUUGGAGAUGAUGAUAGCAGCAGUGUGAAGUCUGUUGAGAGUGUCGGUAAAGAGGAGAAAAAGAUUACAGAAAUCAAAAGUCAAGUCAACAAGCCCCGAGAAUUACGUAAGUCAUCGUCGAGUGAAUUGCAAGAAAAUGAAAGUAAGUUUCCUGUUGUUAAAAAGAAUGAAGAUGAAAGGACAGCUCGUGAUGUGGAGAAAAAAGAGAAUGUUGAGCGAAAGUCUUCUCUUAAUAAAGAUGCAAAGGGAACCGCGGUGGAAAAGGCCUUGAUUCCUAGAGACGUGGAAUCCCUGCGUCCAAAGUAUGCGGACAACAAAAUGGAACCAAAAUUGCUGGCAGAAAGUGGAAAAGAUACGAAGCAGCUCGCGGACGUUCAAGAAAAAAGACCUGAGAGAAAAAGUAGCGAAAGUAAACCUAGAAGUGAUGAGGCAUCAUUUAAAACGAAAAGUCGCGUCGAAACAGACGAAUUGCAAGAUAAAGGUCACUAUGAAAGUAGAAAAGAAAAUUUGGACAAACAAGGGAGUCGUCUUAGCAGUAAAAAUGAACGUGGUAGUAGUGAGUCUGUACGAAGUAGAGAUAGCGUCGAGAAACGAAAAGAAGAUCGAAGACGACCUGAUGAUAUCAAGAGGAAGCGAGAUGACUUCGAGAGAAAUGAGCCGUUGAACGAGCAUCGUGAUCGUGGUUUAAACAAAGAUCGUAUGUAUUCCAGUCGAGGACGACCACCAGUAGGAACAAAAAGUCAUCUCCGUGGUCAUCCAAAAUCAUACAGCUCCGGAAGAGUGCAUCGACCACGAAACGAGUCGAAAGAAUAUGUUGAUAAUGAGGUGAAAACAAUUGCUGCUGAAGAGAAGGGUAAAAUGAGCGAGAAAACGGAGGAGAGACAUUGGCCUGGCAGUGAUCAGCGGAGACGUGACGAUCGGGGACAGUUUGACGGAGAAAGGCAAAAGCCUAGCAGUGAAAGGCCAAAACCUGGCGGUGAUCAACGUCAGCUGGAUGGUAGUAGACGACAAAGGGAUGGUGAUAGACGACAACAGCGAGAUAGCGAUAAGCGACAAGAUGAUAGACGACAACACGAUGAAAGGCGACAACAGGAUGAUAAGCGACAAGAUGAGAGGCGACAACAUGAUGAUAAGCGACAAGAUGAGAGGCGACAACAUGAUGAUAAGCGACAAGAUGAGAGGCGACAACACGAUGACAGGCGACAACACGAUGAUAAGCGACAAGAUGAGAGGCGACAGCAAGACGGUAGGCGACAAGCAAAUGUAGAUAAGCAUCAAAGAGAUGGAGAUAGACGAGACAGAGAGAAAAGGGAUUCGGCGGAAGAUAGGAACCAAAAUGAUAAUCGGAGAAAAGAGAACCCAGACUCGCGAUUUUACAAUAGCCAAAAGCGAAACGAAAAAGAUUUGAGGGACGACCGAACGCAAUAUAAAGGUUCCGGACGGUUCCCACAAAGAGGCCCGACAGAUCGUGCUGAAAGAUUCCGUGAUAAAACAAGGAACAGAGGAGGGUUUGGUGUCCCUCCGAAAAAGCGUGAGAAUGAAGAAAAGUCUAAAGACGAGAAUGAGUAUGAGAAAACAAAGCCUGUAUCUUCUCGAACAGAUUCCAAGAAAGGCGAAGAGCAACCCAAUAGUAUAUCAGAAAAAGGGAGAGCGAAUGAAAUUGAGGACUGGGAUAAUUCUGAAGUGAAAGAAGUGUCUAAAGAAGCCAUAGUUGAUAGCUCUGAUCUGUCGAAGAAAUCGACAGCGGGAGGUGAAAUCAAGUCUUCUACCUUGAAGGAUUCUGGUGGUGGUAAAAAUUCUGUCUCGAGAGAUGUAGAGGAUUCAAGCAGUUCGGUAACUGAGGUAAAGAAACAGUAUGACAACAAAGAGCACAAAGCUCUCACUGUACCGCCAGUGAAGGGUAACCAACAUGAACCCAAGGCUGGUGAACGACGUGAACGUAUAGCGGCGCCCGACAGAGACACCAAGGAAGUGUACAAAAACCGAAACACCUCCAAAACUGAUCCUGGUGACACCAGGCGACGUGAGUCAGAGACAAACAGCGAGAGUCGCCGAAAACAAGAUCCAAAAUUAGAUAAUAAACGACCCCGUCCACGUGACGAUAUACGUCGUGAACCAACGAAGAAAAAUGAUGAUCGCAAGCCCACAACUGGAGUAACUGGUGAACAUUUAGAUAUUGACAAAGAUUCGAAGCAAAGGGAGCGGAAAGUUGUGCGGGAUUCGGAAUCAAGGUUCGAUGAACGACGAGAUCAAAAAGAGUAUCGCGUUUCUGAUAGAGGAAGCCGACGUGAUAACACGUCUUAUCGAAAAGAUCAGCGCAGCGAGCGAACUGGUUUUGGGGAGCGUGCCGAUCGUGGUGAACGUACAGAAGCUAGAGAUCGUCGAGAUCCUAAGGAACACGGCGAACGAACGGAUCGUCGGAAUCGUACGGAUCAAAGAGAUCGAGAACAUUUUUCUGGCGGCACUGACGUACGUCAUCGUGUUGGUAAACAUGAACAAACACUACCAAGGAAUAAGGAAGCAGUAGAAUCGAAUUCUGAUGGACACAACAAACCUGAUAUCAAACAGGAUGAUCAACAGAAGGACAAUCAAUUGAAUAAUUCGCUACACGAGGAUGAAAUUGCUACUAAAGAUAGUGGAAAAACUGAGAAACAUGAUGAUUUUUCCUCCAACAACAAGCUAUUAGGUAGAUUCAGUCAAGGCUCUGUCAGCCCUGUGGGAGAACGUCGGCGGUACAAUGAAUCUCGUCGAGGUGGUCCUUCAUUGAGACGCGGCGGCCGUGGUGGAACACGCGGGACACGUGGUCGUGGACGAUUGCGAGAUGGUAGUAGAUCUGUAGGAAGGAGUAGUAUAACAUCAAAAGAAGAUGAUGAAAAUGAUUCUGAGGAUUUCCACAGCGCUCAUUCAUCUGUUGAUUCUGACGGGUCUGAUUCUGAGGAGGUAUUUGAUAGAGAUGAAAAACGUAAGGAUGGCAGCAGGCCAGCCCGGUCAUACCCUUCAAGUAGCCGAACAAGAGGGACAUACAGCUCUCGUGGAAGAGGAAGGGGAAGUUUACAGUCAACUCGAAGUAGCCCGCGAAAACACGUCGAGAAACCGCCUCGUUUUCAAAGACAAGAUCAAGCUAGAAGUGCUAGCAGAGGUCGAGGGAAAAGCAGUCGUGGAGGAUUUUCUUCGAAAGAAAACUGGGAUGAAAACAAUGCAAGAAGUAAAGAUGGCAGAGCUUCAGAUGAAGGACCUUUACCGAAGAAACGUCAGCCGGAAUCAUCGUAUUCAAAUCAAAAAGAUUCCGAUGGCGGAUAUAAAGGACGUAAGCCAAUUCGUGGUGGUCAAUCGGGUAACAGGACGUCUUUUUUAGCUAAAAAGCAGCAGGAAGUAGUUGCGGGUUCUUCUAGGAAAGGAGGUGUGCGGUUUGGCGCUAAGUCGACCAUUCCUGCUGCUUUAACUACACACGGUCGUCGGGCAAAGAACGAAAUUGCGCCAGCGGAUGGCGAUGAAAAUAUGGAACCUCCUAAAAAGAACCCAAGACGUACUGAGCCUCAAAAAACUGGAAUUGAACAUAUUGAUUUGAGUAACAUUGCUGGCUUUAUUGAUAUUGAUGAUAUAGCACAGCCCGCAAGUGAGGUGGAACCUGCGUCACCACAAAGUGAUUUUGUGGAAGUUAAAUCAAAGAGAACCCAAAAGGAACAGAGGGAAAGAGCACGAGAAGAGGAAGAUAGAAAGCGACGUGAAAAUGAUAAAAUUAUGCAGGACGCAAUGAUGAAGCCAAAAACAAUUAAAUCAACUUCACAGAACAAGCAGUACACAACGUCCAAACCACCUCGGUUUACAAGGAACAACGGAUUGCCAAUGUCAACGCUUCCUGGUGGAAAUACGCCGCCCAGAGGUGUAACUCCUGUUGCUAGUCCCGAAAACAGUUCAAUCGCCGUCCUGUCUUCUGAAAAUGUCGAACAGAAGCGCGCCUCUCCUUUAAUGUUAGAAAAGCCAAGCUCUCCCCCGCCCCCUCCGAUGUUUAAUGCAUGGACCAAGCCACUUUCUAUCACGCCUGCUAAGCCACCUAAUGAACCAUCAAUAGAUUUAUCAAGAACCGUACAACCCGAUCCCUUGGCUGUUGGGAGUGGUAAGCCCCAGAGAGCUGGUGGUACGCAUCAGAAAGCAGAAGAACCUGAGUUGCAAAUACAAGUAACCCUCCCCGACACUUUUCAAGCUCCUCCUGGCGAACGCGACAUUGAUUCUCGGAGUACGGAAUCUCGGAUAUUCUCCAGAGUUGGCAAAACUGAUGGAGGAGAGUCCAAUGUUGACAGUUCUUUGAAAAAAACAAGUGAUGGAGCUAGUGUGGAGCAAGCAGAAAAUAAAGAGAUAGGUGAAAUAUCCUCAACGGGUCACAAGACACAGAAAGAGGAUACAAAGAUGAAUGCACAAAAUAUAAAAGCCACGGAGUCCAGGGAUAAGAAUUCCAGUAUAGACAGUGAUAAACGGCAAUCCACUGGAAACAAUUGGAAGCCUGGACGCCCGCCAAGAUUCGAGAAAAAUGGCCAAACAAAACGCAACACAGAUGUUAAAAAAUUUAAAACCGAUGCCAAAGACACAGAUGGCGAUUCAAAGACACAACAAGUUCUUGCUGAUACAGACAAGCCACCGAAAGAGAAAAAUGAUAGUAGACCUCGUAGUUCUUCGCGUCCCCGUGAUAUGAGCAAGAUGCAUAAGGCAAAGCCUCAAGUAAAAACUUCCAAAUCACAAAACUCUGAUGAGAAUAGAGACCCAAAUGAAAGAAACGCUCAGGAUAAAACAGGGGAUGAAGGACAGCCGAAUAUGAAUAAACGUGAUUCUGUUGAGCUCGAUGUUCAUUCGAUGAGCGAAUCCCUUCUCGAUGAAACUCCUCUUGGUGUGCACAUGGUGGAAACUUCAAAAGCAGGAUCGGGAAAUCCGGCAAUGGCAAAGAUGAAGACUGAGGAUGAUAUUAAGAUGGAUUAUGAAAUGCAUGAAAAAAUGGUUGCGGCGAAAAAAGCUUGGGAUCACAGUGUAUCUUCAUCUGUAUCAAUACAGACAUCCCAGUGGAAAACAUCGGUCACAGACGACGAGAAUACAGAGUCAACAGAGGUUUCAGUUGUUGAUCAAAUCCCUAGGCCCUCGCCUGAACCCGAGGAAAGUUCUGAACCUCUUGUCACGACCCCCAGGUUAAAGAAACCACCAGGUGGUGAGCAACAGAAUGUGUGUAAAGUAAAGCCACAGCAGCAGCAACAACCUGUGAAACCACAACCAGUUCCUACCGAGGUAACAGAGGAAUACCCAAGCUCGAACGUCAGAACAGUGUUGGAAAGUCAAGCGCCCGCUAGUUACUCCGUGCAAGGACAUCCCGCUAUCUUUACUUCAAAACCUACGCAAGGGUAUACUUAUUCCUUCGAGCAACAAGCACUUGUCCCAAUCAGCCAUCAGUAUGUUCAAACAGAUAUGUCAAGUAUUCAACAACACGGAACGCCUGUACGACCAGUAACGCAAACAUUACAUGCCCCAUCGCAAUCUCCUCCGCAACGCGCGUCAACUUACCCGCAAGGACAAUCGGUCAGUACACCAUCACCACUCUCCCAUCAACCCUUGAUGCAACAAGAUACCUAUCGACCAUUGAUGCAAGCCUUGUAUUCAACAAAUACAUUUGCGGGUAAUCAAUAUUUCCCUAUAUCGGUGGUAAGACCGACCGCUCCCCAGUUUCAAGCAACUAUCAACGAUGAUAUCAAUAAUCCCAUGUACACAAUACAAGCACCAAAACCUCAGAACCAAAGCCACGGCUACGAGGCAGCAGUUCCAGCCGCCCAGCAAGUUUUUUUACCCGUUGAGCAGCAACAAUAUUCGGAAUACGUGCAAUCACAACGACAACACCCAGUGGGAUUUUACAGUGAUAACCCAAAUCAGACCAGUGUCAGUGGUAUGCCAGCGCAUGUACAAAAAUCUGUGGCAUUUCCUCCAAAUGAUAAGCAGGUCCAACCUCAACGUGACGGUCAUACACCCUCAGGAAGACAAGAACAGCAGCAAGCAUACGCGCCUCAAGGACAAUCUGAGAUGUCGAAACACGUUAAUGCUAAGCCAUUUCAACCUCCAUCAAGCAGCCCUUCAGGAAGUGUUGCACAUCCAAUAGCGCCCAAUGUUCGCCAAGUUCCAACAGCUUCCGGACAAAAUACCCUAACGUCGGCUUAUCAUGUGAAUAACUCGGUAUUGUCGAUGCAUACCACGGGUGUUGGAGCAUUACCAGGCAGUGUAUCACCCAGCGGUCACACAGGGACAUCACCGGUCGUAACUCAAGCUCAUACAUUACCAGUUUCCCGGUUGAAUUUCCAUCAUUUCCGUCCCGCUGUAGGAUCGUUUCCUCGUCAAGUGCAACUCCCUGUACAGCAACUCGCAACGGCCACCUACCCUACAGGUAUCGCAUACAGAGCCCCCGUUGCUACAUACCCUGCCACUACAAGUGUUGCCAACCAACCUGGCGUACUUGUGCAUAAGCCAGCGCCGAUAAUGAGACAAUUAGUAGCUACCGGUCGGGGGUCACAGGCGCCACAUCGAAUGCCCGAACCCAUACAAAGACCUAGCAAAGCCGUCUUCCACCCAGGCGUUAUAAAAGAAAAGAAUCCUCAAAUGCGAUCGAAAAAUGUGCAUCAAAUAUCAAGCAGAAGAGCUUUUAAUCCAGUCAGUACCGCCCAAACCCAAGUGGCUGCAUACCAGUUUCAACCUUUACCCAGACAACUUCAGCCAACCCAACCACAACAGCAACAACAAACGUUCAGAAGUCAACAGCAUAAAUUGAUGUUAAGCAACGUAACACAAUUCUUUGCCGAAGAUAAAGAAAUUGAACACCAAAGAAAACAAAAGCAAGCGAGCCAAAAACGAGAACCGGUCGCCACCACCAUCAGUAGUGGUGAAACCACGACCACCAAUCAACAAGCAACAGCAGAAGAUAAGCGAAAGCAGCAACCAAAAAUACAACACGAAAUCAAGCAAGAAACAAAACCUCAGAAGUCAAUAAUAAAGGAUGAGCAGCAAAAGAAGAGGCGACAGCAGAUACCGGACAGAAGAGGCGUCCGUACUGCCCAGAUUCCGCCACAGCGAAGUCAAAAUCGCCCUCCAAAUAGGUCGAAACCUAGUGGCUUAAAACAAGAGCCUGCAAAAUCUAUUCAGCAAGUGUCGGGAGUUACUCCGGCCAAAGCAGAUACGCCCAAAUUAGAAAAGGUCGAAGUAAGUUCGGCAUCAUUAGUGAACUAAUGAUUUUGAAGAAAAAUAAAAACUUUUAAAAACGUUCAUACAACAAUGUGUUAUCUGUUGUUAGAUUAAAAUAGUUUGUAAGGUAUUGUAAAGAUAAAUUUUCAUGAAAACUUGUCAACUGAUGACAAGUUGGCGUUUUUUUUCAAAAUGAUGCUUAAGAUAGGCGACAAGGAAUAUUUGUUUACAUUUACUUUUCAUUGUGGAUAAAUUAAAAU